AUGAAUGGGAACGAAGGCACAAUUAUAGUCACCGGCGCCAGUGGUGGCCUCGGCGGCGCCAUAGCGGCUCGGAUCGCUUCGGAUCCGCAGUAUUCCACUUACAAAGCGCUCUACACCGGGCGCGACGAGCAGCGCAUGUCGAACCUUACGGCCGCCCUCGCAAACGCACAGGCUCCUCAUCGACAUGAGGUCCUGGCCCUGGACUUGACAAAGCUCGAGAGUGUUCGCGAUGUGGCCCGGGACGUCAAUGCUCGCGUCGCUACCGGCAAGCUCCCGCCCAUCCGGACCCUGAUCCUCAAUGCUGGCUUUCAAGACUUCGGCCACCAGUCAUUCACAGAUGACGGCCUCGACACGGUCUUUGCUACCAACUAUCUCGGCCAUUGGCUGCUGACCCUUCUUUUACUACAAAGCAUGGAUAGGGAGAAGGGGCGUGUUGUUGUGAUCGGAAGCCAGAGCCACGAUCCCCACGACCCUCGAAACGCAAGAACGGGUGCCUUUGACGACCCAAAACAUAAAACCAUCAUCUCCGACGCCGCAAGCUUCGAGGCGAUCGCAAAGGGCACGUUCAGUUCCGCCGCCGAGGACCCGACCUGGCGGGGUGGGUUUCGAAGAUACGGCGCGUCCAAGUUCCUCGCGAUCAUGAUGCAGCACGAGCUGCAAGCGCGGCUGGACAGAGACGACAGGCUGAAGAACAUCUGCGUCGUCGGCGUCGACCCGGGCACCCUGAUCACGGGCCACACUCGCCUGGCACCAUGGUUCAUCCGCGUGGUCCUGUUCUCGAUCAUAUACCCGGUCAUACUCUAUCUCAUUCCCAACGGGCCUAUUAGGUCGGUGAGCCGCGCAGCAGAGGACGUCUUGUCGGCGGGCGUCGGGGCGGUCGACGAGCACGAGCCGCCGCGGGACAGGUACUUUUUCGGGAGGGAACCGAUGCCCACUUGUGAGGAGUCGAGGGAUCCAGAAAAGAGGAAGCUGGUAUGGAGGGAGACGGUCAAGUUGGCGGGUUUGGAGACUGGCGAUACUAUUCUCGCAGACUGGCAGUAA